CUUCCGGUCUCAGGAACACACUUUUGCGAUUUCGCACAGUUUUUCUGUCAGUUCACAAAGCCUGAACUAUCUUGAUAAUUACGUCAUAUUCUUAUUUUUUAUUGUCAGUGCUGGGAAAGAAAAUGAGUGACUAUGAAAAUGAUGAGGAAUCAGUGGUAAAAAGACACAAAAAAGAAAAGAAGGAAUUGCAGGCUAAAAUACAACAGUUAAAACAUAGUGUGUCAAAGGGAGAUAAAAAGAAGAAAAAAGAGAUCACAGAACAGAUAACAAAGUUAGAAAGUGAACUUACAGAUAAACAUGUAACUGAACUCAAAGAAUUCAAAGACAAAACAACCCAAGAGGUAACAGAAAGACUCAGUUCUCUGAAAACAAAUGAUACUGUUGACACUGAAGCUGCUGGUGGUGAUGUAGAAACCAGAGAGGACUCGAAAGAAAAGAAAGUAUCAAAAGCUAUGAAAAGAAGGGAGAAACAAGCAACAAAAAAUAAGGAGAGAGAGGAAAGAAUUAAAGAACAGGAACUGAUAAAUUUAACUGGUGCAAGACAUAUAGAAUUUGAAAAAAUCAAAUCUAUAUUAAAAAUUAAAAAUUUGCAAAUCUUUGAGAUACCAUCUGAUGGAAAUUGUUUGUAUACUGCUAUUAGUCACCAAGUUCCAAAUGAAACAUAUGAUACACUUAGAAGGAAGACUGCACAGUAUAUGAGAGAGAAUCCAGAUGAAUUCCUACCAUUUCUUACCAAGGACAAUGGUGAUUCUUACAAUGAGGAAGACUUUGAAACAUUUCUACAAAAAACUGCUGAGACAGCUGAAUGGGGAGGUCAAUUAGAGGUCAAGGCUAUGUCAAGUGCAUUACACCAUCCUAUAGAAAUAAUUCAAGGUGAAGGCCCACAAAUCAAAAUAGGAGAAGAAUAUGGUGCAGAUUCAUUAACAGUUUGCUAUCAUAGACAUGCAUUUGGACUAGGUGAACAUUAUAAUUCAGUUGAAACUUAUGUACCUGAAGAAGAGGCAUUUUCAUGAUAAUUAUUUUAUUUAGGUAUUUUAAAUAUUAUUCAGAAUAACAGAAAGCCAUUCAAAAAUGAAUGUUUGCCUUUAACAGUCAUUUUGGUCUAAGCAUCAUCUGAAAAAAACUGACACAAUGAACAAAAAAUGUUAAAUCUUGUAAGGUUGUUAUUUUUUCAGAUAUUUUAUUGUAGUAAAUUGAGUACUUAUACUUUUUAGAUAUUUUUUGUCAAACAAUCCAGUUUGUUCUUCUCUGUACAGGAAAAUAAUUGCUACUUUCCAUGCAUGUAUGCUUCACCUAUCUUACUUGACUGAUCGCUAACAGUCUGAAUAGUACUGAAUUAAUGACAGUGGAUAAGUCUGAAAAUAGAUUGAAAGACUGAAACAGUCAUUGAAAUCAGUGUUUUAAUUAAAAUCUGUUUAGCUAAAAAUGAUGGUAGUUUCAGAGUAAAAUUUGUUUACUGGUGUGAAACUUGAUAUAAAAAAUAUGAUAUGAAAAAGAAGAUGUGGUAUAAUUGCCAAUGAGACAACUAUCCACAAAAGACCAAAAUGACACAGACAUUAACAACUAUAGGUCACUGUACGGCCUUAACAAUGAGCAAAGCCCAUACCGCAUAGUCAGCUAUAAAAGGCCCCAAUAAGA